CCAUAAGGAUGGCAUAAGUGGCAUAGCAGUGUCAGGAUGGAAUAAAAUAAAAAUGUGAAAAACAGGGAUGAUGUCAGUAAAGAAAACUGCCUUGUCAGUUCGACAACUGCUCAGAAGCCCUCAGGGCACCUUCUUCUGCUAGUAGUGACAGCUUUAACUGCCUCUUGCCCCCAUUGCUGUAACCCCUGCAAAAGCAUGACAACGACAAAAGGAUCAGCAGGAUUCCAUCUCCAUUCUUGCCUUUCAGUCACCCCUACAAGUGUUCUUGGGGUAGAACUCCAAGUAGCCCUUGCUAGUAUAGCCACUGAAGAGGGGUUAUGGGAAUCCUGGUCCAAAAACACUGCAUUUAAUCUGCUAAUACAUCACAGAAUACAUUACCAAUGGAAGACUUUUCCCUCUCUUGCCAUCAUUUCCCCUUCAAUCCAUCCCUCAUACAUUGCUUUAAUAAUUAGAUGAUUAAAUAUUCCACAUUCAACAGAACUGUUUCAGGCAGUUGCUCAGAGUCGCUUACUCCAUGCAUCUGAGGAAGUAGACCAAGUCUAUGAAAGUUUAUGCUACAAUGUCUUUGGCUCUGUUAGUCUCAAAGGUACUAUAAGAUUUUUGUUUACUCAUAAUUUGGAGCCAGAGCAGUUGUAAUAAAUUUUGGAAUGUAUGCCACAAAAUCCACGUUUUUAUCUGCAAGAAAGGAGAAAUUUUAAAAAAUUAACUGGAGAUAAUGCUUCCUUUUAAUGGCACUUUGGAAAACAUAUUCUCUCACAACCACACCUCAGGGAAGGGCCCACUCCUUAUGGAUCCCUUUCAUUGUGGAAUUUCUAUCAAGGUUGAAUGAGCCCCACUAGAGGAGGCCUAUAGAGAGGGAAGGAUGGAGUGUGAAGAAUCUUCUUGUUCUAUAAUUGCUUUGCUCUUUUUGGUUUUUGGCCUGUGAAAAGAAGUUGGGUAUCAGUUUUCUCUCAGAAGCUGCAUGAGGAACAGUAUCUAGCAGUUAGCAAGCAACCUGUUUACAAGAGGAAACUCUAUCUUUCCAGGUGCUGGUAGCUCAGCAUUGUCCCUUUGUUUUUGUCCUAAUCUGCGUGUAAGUGUUGGAUGUCACUGCAGAUUGGAAUUUGUUGUUGGGUGUAGACUAGGUAAUCCAAUACAUGCAGCUGUAUCAAGUGCUGCCUUCUGAACUGCAACACACAAACCAGAGUAGAGAGGAUGGAUAAGUAAUGGUGACUCAGUCCUUUGGCAACUGAUAACAGCAUUGCUGUUCAUCUGUCAAUUCUCAGGCUGGUCAUGGUAAAGAUGCUGCUCUGACUGACUCUUGUUCACCGGCUCUUCUCAUUGAAAGUGUGGGAUGGCUGUACAUGGCCUCAGCAGGGCCAGAUGCCUAUAGCCUAGGAUUCAAGAGGGGAAAUCAAUUCCAGGUGGGCAUCCCACUCGGGCUGGCAGUGCCACCACUCACAACAAAGCUUCACAACAGUAAGGUCUGGUACCCUGCAAAGCAGCAAGUGAAGCCCAUCUGGCAUCUGGAACGGAAUCAUGUGAACACUUUUCAGGAUCACCACUUGGUCCACUCAGGGAUCUCUUCCCAGUGUCCCCGCCUUUUGUACCCAGAGUCAUUAUGUAGUGAGGCAGUGUUUCUGAACCCACCUCCACCUCAGCCCCACCCUCUCCCAAACUUCCUUGGAAGCACUUUGCUCUAUCGGCGCUCUUACUUCAGACACAAGCCUUACCGGAGGCUUGAGACCAUCUGCUUGCAGCCUGGUACUUUGGAGAGGAAACCUCUUCACGCCUCACCCCCUGCCUAUCGUUCUGUCCUCAAUAACGCCAUGUCAUCCUCAACAAUGGAGCCAUUCCUUAUGCCAAGUGCUGUUGGUGAGCGUUCCAGUCCAGUGUCAAAAGCGUUACCCCUAAGCUCAGGGAAGCCAAACUCCAGUGCAUACAGACCAGUGCUAAACAAUAAUUCUUUCCUGAGGCCAACUAGUGCAAAAGUGCCUUUGCAGCAGUAUCAUCAACCACUGCCGCCAGAAAAUAAGAAGCGGAAAGGCUUGUCAAGAGCUCCAGGAUUCUCCUGGACACAUUCUGGGGGAAAUGGGGAUGGCUCUGCAAUGAAUAUUGAAAGGAAACUUGGGAAAGGCAGUGGCUUAACUCUUGAGCCGACCAAUGCCAAAUCUCCUCGCUCAUCUGUUCACAAUGGCAUGGUUCUUAAAGCAGAACGACCCUAUUGGCGGCUUGAGGAUGGUGAGAAUAGGUCACAGAACCUGAAAGAACAAGAUGUGCGAUUGACAGAAGCCAUGAGGAAGCUGACGGCAGGUGGUAUUCGGAAGGUUAGUACCUACAAUGAAUUUGGUCACCGCAUUGACAGCUCCUGUCUUAUGAAUACAAACUUCCAUUCCAGCCUCUUUAAUAGAUGGAAACCACACAUUGUAGCACAGAUCACCCCAAAGGAAGUACCAACUGCCACUUCCCUGAAUCUGGAAUUUGGCAGCCGCCAUCAAAGCCUUACAGGCACAGACGUUUCUGAUGUCUGCACUAAACGUAUUGAUGCUCGUUUCCUAGCCUCAAAUCUGGAAUCUUCCAACCACAGUACCUCAAACCACUCUGCCAUCCCUGGCUCUGUGAACACUGGAGAACAGGUGGUAAAAGCAGAGCUGUCCCCACGGACUACUGUCUCUGAGGUUGAGACAAAAAUUUCCUCUCUUCAGUUAGGCACAGAUACAAAAUGGGGGCAACCAACUGCUGUAAAAGAUACCGAAGCUGCAGUCAGUUUACCCUUGCUAGAUCAAGCGGAGGUCGAAGAUGUGGAGGAAGAACUCCCUGAUGGCUUAGAAGAUGCCUGCAGUCAGGAUGAGGAAGGGGAAGAAGAGGAUGGGGAAGGUGAAUCUGAUGGCUCCUCAUCAUCUGGACUAUCCCCUAAUGGUUCUGUGGCUAUUAUAUCCAGGAAUUGUGUUGAAGGAUUGGUGCCUCCACUUGAAGGCCAAGAGAGAAUUCUCAAGCCAGCUCUCAUAUGCAGCCUAUUCCCCAAUGUGUCUCCCACCCUAUAUUUUGGUACCCGGGAUGAGAGAGGGUUUGCUUCUUUCCUAGUGGAGAAGCUCCCUUGGGAGCAGAGGAAGAUGCUGCGAUGGAAGAUGAGUACGGUGACUCCCAACAUUGUGAAGCAAACUAUCGCCCGGUCCCACUUCAAAGUCAGCAGGAGAAACAAUGACUGGCUAGGCUGCUGGGGCCAUCAUAUGAAAUCUCCUGGGUUCAGAGUUAUCAAAGAACACCAGAAGUUGAACCAUUUUCCUGGUUCAUUCCAAAUUGGUCGGAAGGACCGUCUGUGGAGAAACAUUUCCAAAAUGCAGCUGCGCUAUGGAAAGAAGGAAUUCAACUUUCUGCCCCAGUCUUUCAUCCUCCCACAAGAUAUCAAGCUGCUCAGAAAGGCUUGGGAAGAUUGUGGGAGUCGCCAGAAAUGGAUUGUGAAACCGCCAGCAUCAGCUAGAGGCAUUGGAAUCCAGGUCAUUCAUAAGUGGACCCAGCUGCCAAAGCGCAGGCCGCUACUGGUGCAGAGGUACCUACACAAACCCUACCUUAUUGGUGGAAGUAAGUUCGACUUAAGGAUUUACGUUUACGUCACAUGUUAUGAUCCACUCCGUGUCUACUUGUUCAAAGAUGGACUUGUUCGUUUUGCCAGUUGCAAAUAUUCCUCCUCCAUGAAAAGCCUCAGCAACAAGUAUAUGCACUUGACUAAUUACAGUAUCAACAAGAAGAAUAUUGAAUAUAAAUCCAAUGCAGAUGAAACUGCUUGCCAAGGUCACAAGUGGGCACUGAAGGCACUCUGGAACUAUUUGAGCCAAAAAGGUGUUGACAGUGAGGCCAUCUGGGAGAAAAUAAAAGACAUUGUUGUCAAAACUAUCAUUGCGUCAGAGCCCUAUAUAAUCAAUCUUGUAAAGAUGUAUGUGAGACGCCCUUACUGCUGCCAUGAACUGUUUGGAUUUGAUGUCAUGCUGGAUGAGAACCUUAAGCCAUGGAUCCUGGAAGUCAAUAUCUCCCCCAGCCUUCAUUCAAACUCUCCUCUGGAUGUAAGCAUCAAGGGCCAAAUGGUCCGUGAUGCCCUUAACUUAGCUGGCUUUCUAUUACCAAGUCCAGAAGAUGUGGCUUCACCAUCUGGAAGUGCUAGCAGCUCUACAACCAGCAUGAGUAGUGUUACAAAGGAGAAGAGCAAGCCAUCUGUGGAGUUGUUCACUGCUGAGAAAACAAAAAAGGCUUACUAUCAGACCCAGAAAGUGCCAGAUCAGGAAUUCUACUCCACCAUCCUAGAUGUUCUGACUCCAGAUGAUGUUCGUGUCCUGGUAGAGACAGAGGAUGAGUUUGCUCGGCGUGGGCAAUUUGAGCGAGUCUUCCCGUCCCGCAUAUCCAUGCGCUACUUGCGCUUCUUUGAGCAGCCACGCUAUUUCAACAUCCUUACCACCCAGUGGGAAAUGAAGUACUUCUUCAAUAAGGCAAAAGGCGUGGACCUGCUCAGAAACUGGUGUCAUAAAGGGUUUCAUAAUGGAAUAGUGACAGACUCCACAGUGAUGUGGACACUGCCAAGACCCCACUUCUUUUUGAAGAAUGAUCUCCAUGUGAAUGGUUUGACCAAGUUGGAAUCAGGCAAAACUAGCAACAAAGUGCUUGUCCAGCAAGAAGGGGAGGAGCCAGCCCAAAGCCCUGAGCCAAAUCCUUGCACUCAAAGCUUACCUCAGAUUAAGUACACAGCUGGAACUCUCAAGAAAUCCAUCCCUCUGGUCCUUAGCAAUUCAAGCCUGAUAAAGUGAUGAGGGACUGAAUGAGCGGCCAACUUUCCCUCCUUUGUGAUGUCAGGAAGGGGGCGCACAUGAACUACCUCAGUGGAAGCUAGGAGAGCCAGAGUCAGAAGCAAGAAGAAGGUGUCUUCCAGCACACCCACCACAGAACUAUUUUUUAAAAGGGGAAGGGGGGGGGGGGGGAAGAGAAGACAUUACGGAGUUAAAAGGGACAAAUACUCUGUUUAUAGUUUUUUAUGACAAGAGAAGUUUCUAAACACAGAAGCUUGAAAACCUACUCAAUUUUUAGUGUGAUUUCCUUGCAGUUUGUUGACUGUGCUUUAUUUCUUCCUCACCACUUAAGCCAUAAGUGCCUCUCAUGGUUAAGUGCCAAAUGGUGUCAGUUUGUGAAAUGCCCUGCUGCUAUCCUGGGCCAUGAUCUUGUAUGUUUGCAUUCAGCUCACUGUUCCAUGCAUUUACAGCAGGAACAAAUCUCUCGUUAUCCAACCACUGUGGGAAACAACUUUUAAAAAUGUCUUUAUCUAAUUCUAGAAAAUCAAGCAAAUUUAUAAAUUCCCUAAUGAGCAAUCUUAACAAAUUAUGGUAGAAGAUGUUAACAUCGAAGGGGAUACUGAACAUGAUAAUUUUAUUGUCUGUACAUGUAUCAUGUUUCUUUAGUUGUUCAGUGCAGUCUUCCUGAGGAACUUUAAAUUAUACAAUUAUUUUUUACUUGUUGUGUUAUGCAGAAGCAGCUCUUGUAGUGUGCUGGUCCCAUGCCUUCCAGUGUACCAUAAUGGGAGCAUAAGGGAAUAGUGUCUCCUAUAGGUUUUAGCUUGGUGCUAUGACUUGGAGUUAAGUGUGCUGAAAGACAGGUGCCUCUUUCUUGUUUCCAUCUGGUGAAGGCCAAGGGACUAUUAUUUAUUAAACCUCCAGUAUGCAUUCAGUCAGUAGAACACACUCCCAGUAUCUUUCACAAAGAAGAUUUUAGUAAAAUUUGGUACCUAAAUACAAUAAAGAAAUAAAACUUUA